GGGAGUCGGGAGUAUGAUUUAUCUAUGAUAAAACAUAACUAACCUGCUAAUUUGUUUUUUUGCAUACCUUCCUCCCUUUUUUCUAGUGGGGCCUUGCUUGUACCAUUCUUGUACCUAAGCUUAAGAAAAAAGUAAGAAGUUUGUGUGGUAGUGGUUGUUGUUGGUUCGGUCAUACAUAAAACAUUGUUCGGUCGGUACGGUACUCACUCACUCACUCGGUAGAAUUCGUUUGGUUGGUGUCGUGUGUGGUGUGGUGGCCUGACCUGGUGCUGUGCUGGUCGCUGGAUGCUGCUGGUGUCUGUGAACUGAACAUGGCGUCGUGGUUUUCUGCUCGCGUUAUUUUCUGUCCAGUUGCACAACGUGCUCUGAAACAAAUACUGUUCAGCAAGGAAGCAUAUUCAAUACAUAAAUGUAGUGUCAGAUUGAACAGCAGGUACAUUUGCAAACCUAACUCUGUGACAAUAUCAGCUGUUCGACGAUAUGCAGAGAAGAAAGUGUUUGACCGAUCCAAGCCUCAUUGUAAUGUUGGAACCAUAGGCCAUGUUGACCACGGGAAGACUACGCUCACAGCUGCUAUUACUAAAGUAUUGGCUGACAAGAAGCUAGCAAAGGCCAAGUCCUACUCUCAGAUAGACAAUGCCCCUGAAGAACAGAAGAGAGGAAUCACAAUAAACGCAGCCCACAUUGAGUACCAGACAGAAAACAGACAUUAUGGCCAUACCGACUGUCCCGGACAUGCUGACUAUAUCAAGAACAUGAUCACAGGCACCAACCAAAUGGACGGCGCAAUCCUGGUUGUAGCGGCCACAGAUGGCGCCAUGCCUCAGACCAGGGAGCAUCUACUGUUGGCUAAACAGAUCGGCAUUGACCACAUCGUUGUUUUCAUCAACAAGGUUGAUGCAGCAGACGCAGAAAUGGUUGAACUAGUAGAAAUGGAAAUCAGAGAGCUGCUGACAGAGAUGGGCUAUGAUGGUGACAAUGUCCCGAUUGUCAAGGGUUCAGCUCUUUGUGCUCUUGAAGGCAAGAACCCAGAGAUUGGGAGAGACGCAGUUGCCAAAUUGUUGGAAGAGGUGGACAAACACAUUCCCACUCCAGUCAGGGAUCUAGACAAAUCAUUCUUGUUGCCUGUUGAAAACACCUACUCCAUCCCAGGUAGAGGCACUGUGGUGACAGGUCGGUUGGAGCGAGGAGUUCUCAAGAAGGGUCAAGAUGUGGAGUUUGUAGGCUUUGGCAAAACACUCAAGUCAACUGUUACUGGUAUUGAGAUGUUCCACCAGAUCCUAGAGGAGGCCCAGGCUGGAGACCAGCUGGGGGCACUGGUGAGAGGAGUCAAGAGAGAAGACAUCAAGAGAGGCAUGAUGAUGGCCAAGCCUGGCACACUCAAGGCUCAAGACCACGUGGAAUCACAGGUGUACAUGUUGACCAAAGAAGAAGGAGGCCGUACCAAACCCAUCACACAGGCCAUCACAUUGUUGAUGUUCUCCAAGACAUGGGACUCUCCUGCAAAGAUCAAACUGUCCAACAAGGAAAUGUUGAUGCCAGGAGAGGACGCCAAAUUGGAACUGAGGUUGUGGAAGCAGGUUGUGAUGGAGCAAGGUCAGAGGUUUACCUUGAGAGACGGAAACACUACCUGCGGCACUGGCGUGGUCACCAAGGUCCUUCCCCCUCUGACUGAAGAAGAGAGGAGUCAGUUCAAAGAGACCAAGAAACAGAGAGAGAAGAGGAUUGCAGCUGAGGCAAGCGGAGGGGCUUAGUGGUCAAGAGCAAAACUUAGCUUUUAAACCCAGUGACGCAAAAGACUGGUCUACCGCGUCAAAGCAAUCCCAUGGUCAUUGCUUGCUACCAAAUGUAAUUUAGUAAUUUGUUUUUUUGUAAAAAUACUUAAAUGUGUUAA